GACACGGCUACCGAAAAAACGGAACGGAAAGCUGACGGAUAUUAUGUUUAUUCAAACAUCAGUGUCGAGGAUUUCAUAUUCAUGUCGAAACGAUUAUCACGUAUAUAGAGGAUUUAUGACAGAAUAUUUCUAACAGAUACUUAAUAUGUAUUCUCUAAGAAGCCGUCUCUUACCAGCUACUAGACAUUUUGUAGAUGGAUUAAACAGGACUAACUCACAACACAGACUUUUAUGUUCAUUAAGGACGUUUAAAAAGUCUCACAAAAAGAUAUACGAACACUAUGUUAGGUGCUAUACAUCAAGUGUAGGCGCAGAGCCUUUUAUAAAUGGGACUAGCAGUUCUUACGUUGAAGAAAUGUAUGAAUCAUGGCAGAAAGAUCCUAAUAGUGUGCAUAAGUCAUGGGAUGUAUUCUUUCGAAAUGCAGACAGUGGGGCUGCACCAGGCAUGGCAUAUCAAUCUCCUCCAGAAAUAUAUGGCCACCCUGUUCAAUACACUACAGAAGUUACUGUACAAAAACCCACUUUAGCAACUUCUGCAACAACACCUAGUCAAGUUCGCAGCUUGAUUCACGAUCAUUUAGCAGUCUAUUCUUUAAUACGGUCCUACCAGAAUCGUGGACAUAAUCUUGCAAACCUGGACCCUCUGGGAAUUUUGGACGCUAGCUUGGAUUCUAGAGUACCAGAGGAACUUAUUUUAGAAAACUGGGGACUGUCUGCAAACGAUCUUGAGAAAGAAUUUCAACUUCUAUUUUUUACUUUAAAGCACUUCUCUUUUUUAGCUGCAAACGAUCUUGAGAAAGAAUUUCAACUUCCAACAACAGCAGACAUUGGUGCACCAGGUGAAUCGUUGAAACUGAAAGAAAUUAUCAGGAGAUUAGAAAAAGUAUAUUGUGGGAGUGUUGGUAUAGAAUACAUGUUUCUUACAAGUCUACGAAAAACAUCAUGGAUAAGAAAAAGAUUUGAAGAACCUGGUUGUAUGGAAUUGUCUAACACUGAAAAAAGCAGAUUGCUGGCUCGCUUAGUUCGCUCAACUGAAUUCGAGAAUUACUUAGCAAAGAAAUGGAGUUCAGAAAAACGAUUUGGUUUGGAGGGGUGUGAGGUGUUGAUACCUGCAUUAAAACAUAUCAUUGACAUCUCCAGUAACCUUGGUGUUGAAAGUAUUAUCAUGGGAAUGCCUCACAGAGGUCGUCUUAAUGUACUGGCUAAUGUGUGUAGAAAGCCUUUGGAACAAAUCUUCACCCAAUUCAACCCAUCUCUCUCUCCUGAAGAUGAAGGUUCUGGUGAUGUCAAAUACCAUCUUGGAAUGACACAUGAGCGUUUAAAUCGAACCACAAACAAAGUUGUCCAGUUAUCUGUAUGUGCUAAUCCAUCGCAUCUGGAAGCUGUUGACCCAAUUGUACAAGGAAAAACUAGAGCUGAACAAUUUUAUCGUGGAAGUACAGAUGGUAAACAAGUGAUGAGUAUUCUUCUCCAUGGGGAUGCAGCGUUUGCUGGACAAGGUGUCGUGUACGAAACGUUUCAUUUGAGUGAUUUACCAAACUAUACAACACAUGGAACGAUCCACAUAAUUGUAAAUAAUCAGAUUGGAUUCACUACUGACCCAAGAAUGUCUCGAUCUUCACCUUAUUGUACAGACGUAGCAAAGGUUGUACAAUGUCCGAUUUUCCAUGUGAAUGCAGACGACCCAGAAGCGGUAAUGCAUGUUUGUAAAGUAGCAGCAGAAUACAGACAUCAAUUUGGUAAAGAUGUGGCAAUCGACUUGGUAUGUUAUCGCAAAAAUGGACACAAUGAAGGUGAUAAUCCUGAUUUCACACAACCACUUAUGUAUCAACGAAUUCGACAACAAGUUCCGAUCAUGAAAAAAUACGCCGACAAGCUAAUCACUGAAAAUGUUGUGACCAAAGAAGAAUAUGACGGAGUGAAGAAAAAAUAUGACAAAGUGUUAGAAGAAUCUUUUGAAAAUGCAAAAACCAGACCAGAAAUGAAAAUUGCAGAUUGGCUUGACUCAAAGUGGGGAGGUUUUUUUCAGAAACAUGAUUUGCUUGGGGAAUUACUUCCUACUGGCACCAGUAUGGAUACAUUGCUUGCUAUCGGAAAUAAAUUUUCAACACCACCUGAGAAUUUCAAUUUGCAUAAUGGACUGAAGAGAGUUCUGAAAGGAAGAAGUGAAAUGUUAAAAAACGGUAUUGCAGAUUGGGCAAUUGGAGAAGCGUUAGCAUUUGGUACGUUACUGAAAGAAGGAAUACAUGUCAGACUGAGCGGUCAGGAUGUUGAACGAGGAACAUUCAGUCAUCGCCAUCAUGUGUUGAACGACCAAAAAAUUGAUCAGAAAUGUUAUAACGUAUUGAACAACCUUUAUGAAGAUCAAGCUGAGUAUCAUGUCUGCAACAGUUCGUUAUCAGAGUACGCAGUGUUGGGAUUUGAAUUAGGUUACAGCAUGACCAACCCAUAUUCCUUGGUGAUAUGGGAAGCACAGUUUGGUGACUUCAUGAACACUGCACAGUGUAUCAUUGAUCAGUUUAUAUCAAGCGGUCAAGAUAAAUGGGUUCGUCAAAGCGGACUGGUGAUGUUGCUUCCACAUGGUAUGGAAGGAAUGGGACCGGAACAUUCGAGUGCGCGACCUGAGAGAUUUUUACAAAUGACUAAAGAGGAUUCCGACACAUUCCCAGAUUAUCCUCCAGAUGAGUUCGAGCUACGUCAGAACUACAACAUCAAUUGGUUUAUCUGCAACAUAACCACGCCAGCAAAUCUCUUUCAUGCACUGAGACGACAAGUUUAUCUGGAUUUUAGAAAACCAUUGAUUGUUAUGACACCGAAAAGUUUGUUGCGUCUCGAAGCGGCACGAUCUAACCUCGAGGAAAUGGCGGAAGGAACGAGCUUCAUUCGUUUGAUACCAGAGGAAGGACCAUGCACGACUAAUCCGGAUAAGGUGAAAAAACUGGUCUUGUGCACAGGGAAGAUAUAUUACGAUUUGGUGAAAGCAAGAACGCAGUUUGAAUUGGACGAUGACAUCGCAAUUUCAAGAAUUGAGCAGUUGUCACCAUUCCCCUUCGAUUUGGUGAGAGACGAGUGCGCCAAAUAUCCAAACGCUGAAAUACAAUGGGCGCAGGAAGAACAUAAAAACCACGGUUACUGGCAACACGUUCAGCCUCGCAUUGAAACGGCUACUGGAAAAACCAGACGGGCAACGUACGCUGGUCGUCCGACGUCAGCAUCUCCAGCUACUGGCAAUAAACGUCAACAUCUUGACGAGCAGACAAAUCUUAUUGAUAGUAUAUUUAAUAUAAAGUAGAGAAAAAAUAUUUCCUGUCUUCAUGUUCGUAUUUUAACAGUCGUUUAUCUUUUCCACAUAUUUAAGCCAAGAUACAGAUAGUUGUAUAAUAAAGUAGUUUUUUAUGAGGUGAAUUAAAUAAUGUACUCUGUGGCGACUCUGUUUUGACAUUAUAAUAAUAGAAGCAGAAAAAGCUCAUUAGUAUGAGUUUUCGCGUAUUUGUACAAAAAUUUACCACAGAAAACACGCAUAAAUUUAUUGCGCAAAAAUAUCCUAUUUUUUUUUUUUUUCAUAAAACAAAACUGAUGAUAGCAGAAACUGAUUGUUUUUAACUCAUCUAAACCUUGUCUGGAUUAUUAGUAACUUCAACCUUGUUGUAAGUGGAAAGUUUAAUUUAAUUCAAAAUUCGUAUGGAUUAGGUAGACUCUGAAUUCAAAAUGGUAGAUGUACACACACUGCUGAGUAAAAUGGUAGAUGUAAACACACUGCUUAGUGAAAACUUUCCUUCGUGCUGCAAUCAACCGACCUCCCAAUUACAAUCUCUUACUUACCUCUUUGUUUACCUAACUGUUUGUAUUGUCGUAUAAAAAUGUAUUUUAUCCUUUUAUGGUUCGGCUUUCCAAUUUUUUUUCACAUACUAUGGUGCAUAUGAUUGUAGUUUUUAUUUAAAUAUAUUGUAUAUAACUUA